CAAUGAUAUUUAUUUGGUUAAAUUUAUUUAUAUACCCAUUUUUCCAUUGAUAGAUUUCCUAAUACAAUGGUGUGGUGUCACUGGAACUGGCAGGAACCACUCACUCAUCAUUUCAACUCUUAAUUGCUUUCUUCACCUUGAAGUUUGAGGCUUUUCCUCUCAUUGAUUCACAAAACUUCAAAAAAGAGCUUCACUUUUCAGUUGGAUUUGGAAACAUGGCUGUAUCAUUAAACCCUUUCUCAUCAUGGAACAUGUGGGGUGGUAAUGGGAGAAAAGAGAAAGAGCCAGCUUCAAAUGGUUCUUCUUUGAAUUCAUCAACAACUUCUGAAUGGACUCUUACUUUGAAGGAACAUGAAGUGGUUAAGUUUCCUUUGGUGAAGGAAAACAAAAAGGUUCAAUCACCAUCACAUAGGAAAGUUAGAAGGAAAAGAGAGGAAAAUAUGGAAGAGACAAGAAUUGUUCCAUCUGAUGGUGGUGAUUGGUGUUUCUUGUCUGGUUUUGAAUCUGAUGACUCAGAUUGGUCUAUUGGGUGGUUGGAACCUCUUGGUUCUGAUUUUGAAAGCAAUGAUAAUGAUGAUGAGGAUCAUUCUGGUGAUGAUAGUUUUGCUGUAUUGGUUCCUUGUUAUUCACCUGGUUGCAAGGAGGUUGAAGACUCAAACAAUGUGCUUUUGAAUGCCAUUAAGAAUCUCCCCAAUGAAUUUUCUUCUGACGGAAAGAAUUACAUGGAAAAAUGGUUGGCUUCUCUACAGAACUUUGGAUCUUAGAAGAAAAAAAGAACUUCUUCACAUGAUUGAUUGUCCUUGCUAACAAACUCCUACUAGUUAUAAAUAGCAAGUUAAUGAAGAGUAGGAUAAGAACCCUAGGAGCUGCAGGGAACCUCAAAAGCCUAAUCUAUUAGUAGUAUUAAUCAAUUGUACAUGCCACUUUCUCUAUCUAGGUGUAGAAAAUACAAAAGUUAGCUAACUCAAAAACCCAAAAAAAAAUAAAAAUAAUUAAGCAGUUAAGUUUUUUAGUUGGGGAGGGCUAUUAGAACUCUAAUCAUUGAUCAACUAAUGUACAUUUGGAGACAUUUUAUCUUAUUUAUAUUCAUUACUGUUGCAAUCAGAAGUUGGCAUAAAAGAGUGGAUUUUCUACUUUUGCAAAGUUACAAAGCAAAACUGAUAUAUGCUAGUUUUCUUUAUGUUCUACAA